AUGCUUCUUCCAUCCGCUAUCCCAUGCGAUGUGCGCCGGUCGUCUCGCUCCACCCCCAGUCGCCUACUUGCAACUCCUCCUCCAUCCGACGCUGCAUACCCAGCCAGCAACGGUCUGCUCGGUACAUGUCGCGCCCUACAAUCACUACUCAGUGGAUCUCCCACGCCCUCACCGCGUCGAUCAAACCCCAAACGUCUUCAAAGUCCACUUCCAAUCAACACACCCCGUCGCUCACCGCGAUCACACAAGGUCGCGCGCCCCGUAUCACCAAGACAAACACCACCACCCAGAACCGCUGCUCUUACACCACCACCUCCCCCAUCUGCGCCAGCACGUGGCGCAAACAAGCGCUUCCGCGACGUGGAAGAAGAAGAAGACAGCGACAUGGAAAUGAGUCGCGAUCGUUUCGCAACUCCCAAGCGUCGCCGUCACGUCCCCUAUGAAAUGCCUCUCGGACUUGCGCCAGCCGAUUUCUACUCUCUACACUCUCCCCCAGUCACUCAAUCGCCCCCUUCUCCUGCUCGUCGCAUGGCUUUCCAAUUUGGCCCAGCCAUUGAUCCCGAUGCACCCCUGCCCUCUGUCGAAGUGACAGAGGAGCCUUCUCCGGUCCAGGGUGCCUGGACUACGGAAGAAGACCAACACCUUAUCAAAAUGGUCCUUGAAAAGGCCAACCUAUCCCAAGCCCAAUGGGACGAGUGCGCGCGCCAAAUGGGCCGUACCCAUGUCGGCUCCAGGUGGCAGUCCCUCGUUGGCGAGGGUCGUGUCGGCCUGCGCCGGCAAUGA